CAGGCGCUCGAGCCGAAUGCCGAACAGAUCGCAUUGCCGCCUGUUCCUCCGGAUAUGACCACGUAUGCCAAGGCAUUCUCGGCCGGUGUUGCGUCUUCGAGAGUGCGUGAGGAUGGCAUAGUCGUGGUAGAGUGUCGAUGUGGGGGAGGCGCGUUUUGUGUCGGCAGAUCGAAGACGGAGGAUCCUGGGCUCCCUGUGUCCCCGGUGACGGUGAGGAGAGGCGGCGGGGGAGACAUCAGAUGAAUAUUCAGUUGAGUAUCGCAGACGAGCACGGAUUUAUGAGGAUGUCUUCGCCAAGAGCUGGUAGGAGUUGGGACGUGGGCAGUCGUGUCGGCGACGUGUUCCUCGAAGCAAAGAUGCUGUAUAAUUCGUGAUCGUUGCUACAGUUAUUCGGUGUGAUCGUGUUGCGUGCACUCUGAGCAGAUUCAAAGCAUUCACGUACUCCGUUUCUCGCGUUUGGGUCGAUAUCCAAGUCGAGUCAAGGGCGCGAAGAGAUAGUUGUCACGUGCCUGAGAUUGAAUAUCCCAAAUUAUCUUAUCAUCGAAUUGCUGAUCCAAUGAUGAUGACGUUCAUUAAUAUAGGCAUCGCCUGGUCAACCACGACGCACGUCUUGUCUCGCGCCUGAAAGCAGUCUCACUGCCCAAACGCAACCAAAAUCAAUCUCUUUUACCAGCACGACCCCCAAACAUGGCAGACCCGUCUCACACCCGUCAAUCCGCCUCGUUCCCUGCCCUGCAAGGCUUCUACCAGCUACUGUUCCUCUACAUUGAACCUACAUCUACCAUGAUACCCGCGCUCAUGGCGUGGAUCUUCCCAGGCGCCGCGUGGUUCCACCACCAGCUCAUUCCGUCUCCAGCCGCGGUUCCCAGCACGCCCCUCGCGGCGCGGACGCAGAUGAUCGUGUAUCAGCUCGCCAACUGUUACCUCUUGCUCGGCCUUAUCUCGUCGCUUGUGUUCCGGGCGGCACGCGACGCGCUGCCCCGCGACCCGGUCUCUCAAGAGCGGAUUGUGGGCUCCCUGCUUGCUGCGCUGGCCAUAGCUGAUCUCACACACAUUGCAGCCACCUUCAUAGGCCUGCCCGCGUACUUGCGGUACGCACCGCUAGCUUGGAACCCAAUGACGCAUGGCAACAUAUCGUUUGUGAUCGUCCUGUUCUCUGUCAGAGCUGCAUGGUUCCUCGGUAUCGGUCGAACGCCGUAUUACUUCCUUGCGAAAAAGACGGUCUAAUAGCAAGCACUCAGCCGUUGGGGCCGAGUGACUGACUCUACGCGGGAGGUCCGGCGCUAAAAGUACAUUGGUAUCGAGAAUGAAGCUCAAUUAUUCAUAACCGUAAACCGGCGGACAGGCGGCUGGCCUGUCUGCGCAGGAGGCGGCGGAGAAGUAGCAGAGCUCUCAUCAUAAUGAGUUGAUAAAUCGACUUCGGACAUGUCCAUCGGAUGGACAACAUUUUGGCCGGCGGUCUCCUCCUGCGUGCGUCGCUGCCACUGCUGGAUGGAAACGACGCGCUCAUGCGGAAUGGGACUCGGUAUGGACUGCAUUGUUCUAUGCCUGGCAGGAGCAGCAGCAGGGGGCGGAGGUCUUCGACGACCGACGAGCAGAUUCGCGUUGAAUGAGAUGUGUGAGAUUCUCGAUCGAAGGGAGGGUGUUGAUGCUGUUGAUAAAACCGGUGCGAGCCGAGGUCGAGGACGCGGUCUCCGGGUCCGCUCGCCCUCAGCCAACGGCUGGGCAGGAAUCACGGGUGUAGGGAACGGCACUGGCGCUAUAUCAGGGGCCUGCUUGCUGUGCGACGAGAAAGACGCCAGGAACUUGGACAUGACGCCGCGAUCCGAGCUAUCCUCCUUCCGUCUCUGCCGGAGGAAGAGCAAGACGAGGGCGAUAAGAAGAAUCACAGCAAGCGCGACGACGAUUCCGGUGACAAUCGCGACGUUGUGGUUCGGUGACUUGGCGAUAUUCGAGCCCACACUCGCAGGCGUAGACGGCGUCGCAGUGGCUGAAGGCAGCGACAAAGACGCGCUCGGAGUGCCAGAG